AGUAUAUAAGAGCCGCUCGCACAUCCGUUGCUCAAUUCAGAUACGAGUGGAAAACAUAGCAAAUACACAUAAACCGCGUCAGUUGGUAAGCAAGGAAAUUCUACUUCGAAUAGACAUGGUAUACGGAAUGUUCGAUCCAUUCAGCUUCAGUGAGCCGGUCUCUUAUUUUGAUCCGUGGCAGAGUUAUCGACAACCGAGAUGGCCGACGAGAGCUCGAACCCCCGAUUGGCCUACACCAUUUUGGGACUUUCCAUUAACCAUGGAAGAUGAAAGUCCCCGUGCACAGUCCGCAACGUCGUGUCGAAGGCACGGAUGCCAACAUUCUCCUCAACGAACCAAGAAACAAGCUAGAGUGGUGGGGCAUGCGAACGCGGGAGGAAACAAAAACACCGCCACCCAUGGAUCGCAAAUGGAUUCUUUGCCCGGCGAAAAGAAAGCGCGUCCAGAUAAAAAAGGCAAGAAAGAUGUGAAACAAAUAAAAAUAAUCCGCGAAGACAGUCGAGAUACAAACGAAGAAAUGGCAGUUCCGGUUACAAACAAAACAGACGCCGAGAGCGAAUUUGAUGAUAGCAAACCUUGGAGGCCGCUCAAGAUAUUGGUCGACUCUGGCCUAGAAAAGAAAAAAAAGGCAGAGGACUUUAAAGACUGUUCCAAAGGGAGCAAACAAGAGACCAACACAGAGAUCCCUCUGUCUGAAACUCAAAACGAGGAAGGUGCUAUAACAUCCGAAAACGCCGAUUCCGAGAUUGAAUAUGAAUCAGCUGAUGAAGGCGAUAAUAGCGAUGGCCAGCAAAUGGAAGUAGACGGUGAAUCGAAUUCGUCUGAUGCGAUGGAUAGCUUGAAAUUACAGGAUGACCAGGGGGAUAAGUCAACCACAAUGGAGGAGGGCGAAGAGAGUAAGCCACAAUCACCUGAAAAAUCCCCAAGUCAAGGCGAACCCGAACAAGAGGAACAAGUGAUCGAAGAGCAAGAGGAACAAGUAAUCGAAAUGAAAUUACAGUCGAUCAGAGAACAAUCACAGAAGGCAAGGGAUUUGGCGGACAGAGUGCUAGAGUUUAGCGGAAAAAAGACUGACAAAGAAUAUUUAUUCCUUUCUGAGAUGCUCCUUAGAGGAAUUCUCACCCUGGACGAGAUCGAGACCCAGGGGGUAGAGACAGUAAAGCAGGCUAGGAGAGGUGCUGUCAGAGAAAUCCAAGGUUAUCUCGAUAAACUAGAAGAAAAAGUAUCCUAACACAACUAGGCGUAUUAACCUGUAAAUAUAUCUGUACAUAAUAGUAUUAUUAAAAUUGUUUUUAAUCUUGAAAAAUUGAUUGUUUAUUGCUUGUGGUAUCCCUUUGCUUUUUGCUUGCAAUGUACUCUGGGUAAUUCCUCGAUUCCCCCGCUCUGAAAUCCCUUCGCGACACACGAGUACCAUGGAGUCCCAAGCAAAAAUACUCUCCGGCAAAGAAGUCUCAGG